AUGUUUGAGAUCCCCAAUGAGCUGUACGAUGCUUUCAUAUUUGCAAUUGAAAAAGGAAACAUAAGAACAAUGCCUAACAGAAGCAUGCCAGCAUCUCCCCAUCCAACUGCAGGUGCUCUCUUAUUGGGGGAUGCAUUUAACAUGCGCCAUCGUUUGACAGGAGGAGGAAUGACUAUAGCACUUUCUGAUAUUGUUUUAUUACGGGACUUUCUUAGGUCUCUGCAAAAUCUAAAUGAUGUAUCUGUACUUUGCAAAUACCUUGAAUCCUUUUAUACUCUUCGAAAGCCAAUGGCAUCUACUAUAAAUGCAUUAGCAGGUGCCCUUUACAAGGUUUUCUCUGCAUCAACUGAUCUAGUAAGAAAUGAAAUGCGACAAGCAUGUUCUGACUAUUUGAGCUUUGGAGGUAUAUUUUCAAAGGGACCAAUAUCUCUACUCUUAGGGCUAAAACUUCAUUCAUUAAACUUGGUACUGCAUUUCUUUUCUGUGGCUAUUGAUGGGGUUGGCCGCUUAUUGCUUCCAUUUCCUUCACCGAAAAGUAUUUGGAAUGGAACUAAAUUGAUUACGGUAUGA